AUGUCCAAGAAAGCGGUUACCGACGACGUGGUGCUGACUUCACCGAGCCUUCCCCGCGACUUCGCCGCCGCCUUGAGCUCCUCCGCCGGCCAGGACGCCAACAUGGACGCGGUGGGCACCGAGGAGGAGGCGGCGGAGGAGAUGGAGAAGAUGGACGUCUCCUUGGCGGAAAUUCUGGCGUUGUACAGCCAGCCCAUUAACGAGGAGCAAGCAUGGGCCGUGUGCUACCAAUGUUGCCGGACGCUGGCGGCGAAGCGACCGCGGCGGAAGGGCUCCAAGAGCGGCGGUAGCUGCGGUGGAGACACCCCGCGGAGGAUCGAGGGACCCGGGGAUGUCCGAAUUUCCCGGGACGGUACCGUCACGCUGCGCUUUGAAGGCACUACAGAUAAAUAUGGAUCAGCGCCAACAUCACUGGAGGUGAUCGACUCACUGGGCGUGAUGAUCUACAAGGCCUUGGAUUACGGCUUGAAGGAGAACGAGGAGCGCGAGCUGAGCCCGCCGCUGGAGCGCCUCAUCGACAUGAUGACCAACGCGCAGGAAGCGGAGAGCGACGACGCCUGCCCCGACGAGGGCUACGAGGCCACCGAGGAGGAAGAGGAGGAGGAGGAAGAGCAGCUGGUCGUCACCGCUCCGGGCGGCGUCGUUAGUCAAAUUCGGAGCUACCGCGACUUGAUCACGUUAUGUUCCUCCCACCUUCCGAGCCCCUCGGACGCCCCAAACCACUACCAGGCUGUGUGCCGCGCCCUCUAUGCAGAGUCCAGAGAACUUUGCACCUUCCUGGAGAAGAUCAAAAGUGCCAAAGAGAAUCUUCUCAAAAUGGAAGGCGAGACUCCGCAACAACCCGUUCGAGAUCUGGACGAGCUACAGAAUGCAGAUUGGGCUCGGUUCUGGGUCCAAGUGAUGCGAGACCUGCGCCACGGUGUCAAGUUAAAGAAGGUACAAGAGCGGCAGUACAACCCGCUGCCCAUCGAGUAUCAGCUGACGCCCUACGAGAUGCUCAUGGACGACAUUCGAUCCAAGCGCUAUAAGCUUCGCAAAGUUAUGGUGAACGGCGACAUCCCUCCGAGGCUUAAGAAGAGCGCCCACGAGGUCAUCCUUGAGUUCAUCAGGUCGCGACCGCCCCUCAAUCCUGUGUCGGCCCGUAAACUGAAGCCGACACCGCCGCGACCGCAGAGCCUCCACGAACGCCUGCUGGAAGACAUAAAGACGGAGAGGAAGCUCAGGCCAGUGUCUCCGGACGUGGCCCGGAGGACCCGUUUGGUCAUUCGUCCUCUUAUCACGUCUUACAGCUUUGACUCGGCAGGUGCUGGGAAAAGCCUCAGUACUCCUCAUGAUUUAUGUUGGACUUCAGACACCCCCGACGCUCCUCGAAAGCUAGCCACUAGCACGCAGUCGCUAACGCGUGGCUCGGCGAACCAGAUGAGUCAGAGGAAGAGAAUACUUCACGCGCCCACGUUGGCGGAACUCGAAAGCUCCGACUCGGAUGAGGAUACGACAACGACAACAAGGAGUAGCUCAAGCGCCACGCCGUCCUUGAUGGACAUCUCUCCAGAUUCUACUAAAGGCAAAAAAUCGCCUCCAGCGUUCCUGCCCGUGUCCGCCACGCCACUGCCGGACAAGCGGCAGGCGGUCUCCCUGCGCCGGCACUCCAUCGAGAAGGCGCCCACUGAUGUCAGUUCCUUCGUCGUGCCGUCCAAGCAGAGCUCAAAGUCUCUGGUAUCUGCCGCUAAAGCCACUAAAGGCACGGAGGAGUUCUGCUUCCCGGUGGAGUGCCUGGCGCUAACCGUGGAGGAGGUCAUGCACAUCCGGCAGGUAUUAGUCAAAGCCGAGCUGGAGAAGUUCCAGCAGUACAAAGACGUCUACAACGCGCUCAAGAAAGGAAAACUUUGCUUUUCGUGCCGGGUAAAGAGGUUCUCUUUCUUCACCUGGUCGUACACGUGUCAGUUCUGUAAGAGGCCCGUGUGCUCACAAUGCUCAACAAAGAUGCGACUUCCUUCCAAGCCGUACGCUACAUUGCCCAUUUACUCUUUGGGCCCUAGCGCCACAUCAGCUAAAGACGAAAAAGCCGGCGCUUCAUCUGAGACUGGGAGGCAGACGUUCGGGUCCUCGCAGAGCCGCCGCAGUUUUCGUGUCUACAAAUUCUCCAAGGACAACAACGCGACGUCACCGCCCACACGGAGCGAGCUGGACCUUCCCAAGGAGCUAACGGAAGACUGGGCGUCCAUGGAAGUAUGCGUAGACUGCAAGAAAUUCAUCACCGAGAUCAUCUCGUCCAGCAAGCGCAGCCUGUCCGUGGCUGGCAAGCGCGCGCGCCUCCACCGUCAGACCCGCUCCUUCUACCGCAGCUCGUCGGCAUCCGUCGACUUCCGGUCCUCGGUGCGCGUCGCCGUCCACGAGGCGUAG